AUGCACGCGCUGAACGGGACGUCGUCUACUUGGGCCGUGUCGAACUCGACCAACGCCACGAACGCGGCGAUCCUAGACGACGGAUGGGUGCGCGGCGAUCGCGUAUUGCCCCCGCGGCGCCGGCAAGCUCGCUUCACUGAGCAGCAGGCAAAAGAUGAUUGCUUCUGCUUCAUGUGCUUCUGUGUCAACGGUUGUCGUGGAGGGUUGCUUCUUGGGGAAUGCCGGAAUCUGCAGCUGGGAUACUACGGCUGCUCGUGUAUUGGCGUCUACUUCACCGCGCUCGCCGUCAUCCCGGCCGUCAUCCUCGCUGCCAUCGCUGGCCUGCUGUGCUUCAACCUCGGACUGUCGACCACGAAGCGU